UAUUCAACAUUCACUUAUACAUGCUGCAUCAGCCGCUUUCAAAUGAUACAUUAUGAAAUGAUAUUGUGGUUGAAUUGAACCAAGAAAUCUCAGAAGCUGUUGGCAAAAAAGUGAUAAUAAUUAAAUUAUUUAACCGCAUCUGUGAUUCAAUGUAGUCGUUGGGACGCUGAUGCCGCUAUUUUAAUUAUUUUCAAUUUGAAUUAUUUUGUUGAACGCUACUGAUGGAUCAUAUUUAUUCAGUGCUUAGAAGAAUCAUACCUAGUGCCUCCACUAAUACUGACUGGAUUAGCGAAGGAAAGUCGGUUCUGUCUGUUUCCAGCAGAAAUACUAUCGCUUUCACAUCUACGACAGAUCUAUUGGAUGGAACAGCAAAAAUAUCUCGGAGCCAUGUAUAUGUGGCUGACUUGAAUAUGCCAUGGGAAGCAUACAAAGUUCUCAGCCAUAAUGAAGACAUUACAUGUGUUGAAUGGGAUAUCAGCGCUACAAAAUUACUUAUAGCUGAUGCAGUGGGAUGCAUACAGAUAUGGUCAAUGAAAGAUUACCUGUUAAAUGACUGGAUUCAGGUUACAACAAGUUGUCGCUCAGGUGAAUACAUACUUGCAGCUGCUUGGUUUCACAAUGGAAAAAAAAUAGCUUUGAAUAUGGAUAAAAAAGAUAAUCCUCUUUAUUUAGAAAAAUACUCUUUCAUACGUUUUGGCCCAUCCGUUAAACAGUUUGGAGGUAAACCAAGUGAAGGUGUUAUUGCCAUUACAACUGCUGGAAUGGUUUUUGUACUAAUAAUCGAGUCUGAUGGAAAUACAAUUACUGGUUCUGAAAUAUUGGGGCAAUUUAGAAAUAAGAUUAAGGUUGUUGAUUUGUGCUAUGCCAAAAAUGGAGAUUUUUUAGUUGUUGCCACUGAUGGACUUGUUCAAUCUUCUGUACAUUGUUAUCGAGUGGGUUUGAAACUUAAUCAAGAUGGAUGUAGCAUCAGCUGCCAGCCUUUCUCUAGUUUUUACUUGAACUGCCAUUCAAGUUGUCAGACAGGAGAGAAACAAGCUUAUGUAAAAGUGACUCAUCUGAAAUUCAUACUUCGAGAAGCUGCUGAUGCUGUGGUUAUCACUGCUUCUGGGCCUUCUGGCAGUACAGUCGAGUUGUGGGAGUUACGAGAGAAGCCUGUUGUUUUUCAUAAACUACUAAAUGCUGCUUCUUUGGAGAACCAGCCUAAAACUGUGAUAUGGCAGCAUCAUACAUCAUCAACUGCUACUUCUGCUGUAGUUGCUGUAGCAACUCCUAGAUUAUCUAUAUAUGACACCAGUCCUCCACCAUCUUACAUUUUAGUUGCUUAUAAAGAUAAUGCUAUAAAAUGUUUUUUUAGAGAAUCACUACAACUGGUUUGUAAUAUUUGCGUCAAUACGGGAACUCAUCGAAGGGAUGAACACAGCAUUUACAGCCACCAGCAGGGUUCAAAGCAGUAUCUUCAUGGUGCAGCAAUAAGUGAUAUGCAGCUGACAUGGACUGGGUGCACUCUUAUAGCAAUUGAUUCCUUAUCGCAGCUAUUUUUGUAUCGUUUAUCACCAAUAACAGAUCCAGGCGGUCCUAUGAGUGCAAUGUAUGCCAUAACUGUAUUGGAAUAUUGUUUGAUGACUGGUACUGACUGGUGGGACGUUGUGCUGAGCUUAAGACCAGGUGUGAUUGACAGUAUUUGUGAAAAACUAACAGAAUCAUUCAAUAGGCAGCCAGCAGCAUCUCAGCAAGGUUGGAUAUGUAGAUUUUUGUCCCUGAAAGGCUCCUUAUACAGAUGUUUAAAUAAUGGUUUGGCUAAAGCUGCUGAUUGCCAUGCUCUACUUAUGUUAAAUGCUGUAGCUGCUGCUAUGAAGGGUUUGCUUCGUCCAAGAGAUUUAUCUAGUCAAGACAAAGGACCAGCUGAAAAUUUAACUUCCAUUUUAACUAGCAAAAGUGCUGAAACAAUAAUUCAAUUAGACAAAGUUCUACUUCUUCUGGAACACAAGGAAUUUACAGUAGAACCUCCAAUACUGCAAUCACUACAACAUUUAACACAGUGGGUAGCAGACUGCGCAAUUUUUUUGCUAGCUUCUUUGCCUCAUCAAAGUCAAAGUACUCACCCACGUUUUGCCGGAGCUGGUUUAAUUACUGACCCAAAAGCUCUAAACACUUUACGAGAAUUGCUGGUGAUAAUUAGAAUAUGGAGUUUUCUGAAUGAAAGCUGUCUUCCAGUAUUUACAAAAAUGUCAGAUAACUUAGAUAUUCUUUCGCUUCUCUUCAAACUACUGACUAAACUUCUUCUUACACAUGGAUCAGAACCAGAUGAUGUAUUACUUGAUGAAUGUAGCUUACUUCCCAAUCAAGUACUUGUUCCUACCAUAGAACUUGGUACCCAAGCCUUAGGUGUUGCAAGCCCAGCUCUUUUCAUGAAUUCACUGCCACUGCAAUUUGAAUAUCAUUCUCAACCUGAAUUUUUAAGAUAUAAUAGCAAGGUCUAUACCAUCGAAGGAACUAUUCCUCAAUCGCAUAAAACUGAUAUAGUGAGGCAUGUUAGUCUUGGGAAAAAUCCAUCUCUUGUGCGACAAUGUACUAGGUGUCAUAGUUCUUCAAUGCUUAAAGCUGGUGCGAGAUCUGCAGCAACUAGAGCUUGGGAUCAACGUUGGUUAAGGUUCUGUCCAUGUGGGGGUCAAUGGAGGUUGCAUACAUCUCAAAAAUAAUAAAAUGUACAUUUUGUGUAAAUAUGUCUGGAAAAAGAACUUUUUGAUUUUAUCUAUUGUUGAGCAUGUAUAUAAACCAUUUAGUUUCAUUUCUUUAAAUUCAUAUGAUUGUGAAAGAGUAAGCAUUAGUCCUUCAGUUGCCUGAAAUGUUGGAGCUAUGAAAAGCUAAUGUAAAAAUACUUGAAGUAUUUUUUUGUUAUUCAUUGCAUAAUAUUGUACAAACAAGGAAAAAUAAAUUU